AGUUUCUGAGAGCCUUGCAGAUAACAGCAGGCCUCAAAAGAACAAUUCAAUUUGCAUUUAGCCAACAGUCACUGCUCACCCCUUCUGUGCUGGAACCCUGAGGAGCUGAGUAGGACACAGAACCGGCUGGUUCUGAGGACAUGGGGACCACAGUCAAUGGAGAUAUGUUUCGGGAGGCCAACGGUCCUGCCGAUGGCUACGCAGCCAUUGCCCAGGCUGACAGGCUGACCCAGGAGCCUGAGAGCAUCCGCAAGUGGCGAGAGGAGCAGAGGAAACGGCUGCAAGAGCUGGAUGCUGCGUCUAAGGUGACAGAACAGGAAUGGCGAGAGAAGGCCAAGAAAGACCUGGAGGAGUGGAACCAGCGCCAGAGUGAACAAGUAGAGAAGAACAAGAUCAACAACCGGAUCGCUGACAAAGCAUUCUACCAGCAGCCAGAUGCUGAUAUCAUCGGCUACGUGGCAUCCGAGGAGGCUUUCGUGAAGGAAUCCAAGGAGGAGACCCCAGGCACAGAGUGGGAGAAGGUGGCCCAGCUGUGUGACUUCAACCCCAAGAGCAGCAAGCAGUGCAAAGAUGUGUCCCGCCUGCGCUCGGUGCUCAUGUCCCUGAAGCAGACGCCACUGUCCCGCUAGGUGCCUGCUAGGUGCAUGGCCACAGAGCACGGGCCGGGCCUGGGCAGAGGAGGAGCAGCUGCUUUGGUCGGGGCGGAGACUCGCAGCAGCUGCUACCCACAGCCUAUUCCACUCCUCCCCAUCUCCAGGCGCUGGGAGGGGGACCCUCACCCCUCUCACCCCUCUCUCCCUCCUGGCCCUAUGGUCCAGCCUCUCACACCUCCUCUCAGUCUACUCAAUUGUGACUGUCCCUCCUGAUGUAAUUUUUUUUCUUGGCUUAAAGGGUGUGUUGUUAACUCUUUUUACACUUAUUUAUUAUCAUUCUCAUUUCUCUGGAAG